AAUAGUUCUGCUCCUUUAAUUAUAUCUUCUUGCAUCCAACAAGCGUAAGAAACUCGAGGUAGAGGACCUUGCAAGCUACCAUCAGUCCACACCCUCCUUCCCCACUAACAAAGCCAUGUCAUUCAGGAGAAUUGACCAUCUAUAUUUCCCUAUAUCAUGGCGUAGCAAUGUCCUAUACUACAAGAUUGAAAAACCACCAGUGAUCACGUCCUCGCAUCAUUUGAUUGCAGUAUACUUUUGCACAGAUCAACCCUUAUCUACUAAAAAAAAAGAAAAGGUACGCUGACGGCAACAGCUCUAUGGGUACACUGACUGAACGGUGUCUGCUGGGCCUCAUCCA